AUGGCUUGGCUACCUGCAAGAGACGCUGGCAUCAUCCUGGCUCUCUUUGUGCUGUUCCUCGUGGCCGACUUUGUCUUUUGCAUGUUCCUCGCGACCAUGUACAACCGAGCCGCCUUCGCGGCCAAGGCCUGCAGGCGGCGCUUCCAGGAGUGGCGCGAGCGCCGGGCCGGCGGCCCCAGGGCACAGAUGGAUGACGGCUACAGCCAGAGCGGCCAUCUCGAAGAUGGAAAGGCCGUGCCCAUGCCGUGCGUGGACGGCAUCUCGCUAGCAAGCGAGGAGGGGAAGGGGGCGUGGGGAGACGACAAGCAGAUUUUGGUGCCGACGGCCUGCCACGUCAGGGAGUGA